UCCGGAAGUGGACGUGAAGGCGGCGGCCAGGGCGGUUCGCAGGUUCCAGGCAGAGAGUCAGGGUGCCUAGGGCCAUGGGCCGGGAAGAGGCGCGUUGAGGGCUGGCGGGCGCGGAGGGGCCACAGGGCUGGGCCAUGGCCGGUGCUCGGACAGCCGCCGCCGCCUCGGCUGGACCCUCGUCUUCGUCGGGCAGCCCUCCGCCGCAGGUGCCGGGGCUCGGGGAGCUGCUGGAGGAGUUCUCCCGGACUCAGUACCGGGCCAAGGACUGCAGCGGGACUGGCGGAUCCAAGGUUGAGCGCAUUGAGAAGAGGUGUCUGGAGCUGUUUGGCCGAGACUACUGCUACAGUGUGAUCCAAAAUGUGAAUGGGGAAAUCUGUGGCCACUAUCCCCAGCGGAUCGUGUUCCUGGAGUACGAGAGUUCUGAGAAGGAGAAAGACACGUUCCAGAGCACUGUGCAGGUGAGCAAGUUGCAAGACCUCAUCUACCGCAGCAAGAUGGCCAGGUGCAGAGGCCGCUUUGUCUGUCCCGUGAUCCUUUUCAAGGGCAAGCACAUUUGCAGGUCGGCCACGCUGGCCGGCUGGGGUGAGCUGUACGGACGCACUGGCUACAACUACAUCUUCUCAGCAGGGGGUGUAGAUGAUGCCUGGGCAGAUGCAGAAGACGUCACGGAGGAGGACUGUGCUCUCCGGAGUUCCGACACGCAUCUUUUCGACAAGGUGAGAGGCUAUGACAUCAAGCUGCUCCGAUACCUGUCCGUCAAGUACAUCUGUGACCUCAUGGUGGAGAAUAAGAAGGUGAAGUUUGGCGUGAAUGUAACCUCCUCCGAGAAGGUGGACAAAGCCCAGCGCUAUGCCGACUUCACUCUUCUCUCUGUCCCGUAUCCAGGCUGUGAAUUUUUCAAGGAAUAUAAGGACCGGGACUACAUGGCAGAAGGGCUCAUUUUUAACUGGAAGCAGGACUACGUCGAUGCCCCGCUGAGCAUCCCUGACUUCCUGACCUGCUCUCUGAACAUCGACUGGAGCCGGUAUCAGAGUUGGGACCUGGUGCAGCAAACACAAAACUACCUGAAGCUCCUACUCUCCAUAGUCAGCAGCGAUGAUGACAGCGGGCUACUGGUUCACUGUAUCUCAGGCUGGGACCGGACCCCACUCUUCAUCUCUCUGCUGCGCCUUUCCUUGUGGGCUGACGGGCUCAUCCACACAUCCCUGAAGCCUGCUGAGAUCCUCUACCUCACUGUGGCCUAUGACUGGUUCCUCUUUGGGCACAUGCUGGUAGACCGGCUCAGCAAAGGAGAGGAGAUUUUCUUCUUUUGCUUCAAUUUUUUGAAGCAUAUCAUUUCUGAGGAGUUCUCUGCUCUGAAGAUGCAGAGGAGGAAGAGCUUGCCAACACGGGACGGCUUCACCGUGGAGGACAUCUGCAUGCUGAGGCGAAAGGACCGUGGCAGCACCACCAGCCUGGGCAGCGACUUCUCUCUGGUCAUGGAGAGUUCCCCGGGGGCCGCUGGGAGCUUCACCUAUGAGUCUGUAGAGCUGCUCUCGGCAGGGACGCAGACGCAGGCAGCCUGGAGGAAGAGCCACUCGUCCUCCCCACAAAGCGUGCUUUGGAGCCGGCCGCAGCCCCCUGAGGACCGCCUGCCCCCCCACCAGGGGCUGCUGGAAGCCAGGUCAUCCAGCUCCUCAUCCUCCAACCAUUCAGAUGGUUUCUUCAGGACUGGGAGCAGCCCUCUGGAGGUCCCCAAACCCAGAUCAGUGGACCAUCCCCUGCCCGGAUCCUCUCUCUCCACAGACUUUGGCAGCUGGCAGAUGGUAACGGGCUGUGGCAGUAUUCAGGAGCGGGCUGCCCUGCACACAGACUACUCUCUCCCUUUCAGCUUCCCGGAUGAGCUCCCUAACAGUUGUCUGCUUGCGGCCCUGAGCGAGCGGGAGAGCCGGCUGCAGGAGGUACGCUCAGCCUUCCUGGCCGCCUACAGCAGCACCGUAGGGCUCCGGGCUGCAGCGCCCAGCCCCUCGGGGGCCAUCGGGGGUCUCCUGGAGCAGUUUGUCCGUGGUGUGGUGCUCCGGGGCACCAGCAGCAGCGCCUUAUGAAGCAGCCGGACCAGCGUCUGCUCCUGUCUCACCUGAGCCCUGAGUGGAAUCAAAGCCAUGCCCGGCCAAGGGGCACCUCGAGGUUGGGGGACCUGCUACUCCCCACAGCGGCCCCAAAACCGAGCAGGCCAAGGACAAGGGUCUUCAGCCCUGCUCCCAGACCGACCCUGUUCCUGCCGCCUCCACCCCCAUCCCAGUCUUUGCUGGAUUCCUGCGGACUCAACUGUGUGGAGUCCCCUCACCCUGGCCUUACAGAGGCCGAGUCUUCACAGAUCCCCCUCCCCAUUCUUGCCCUGGGGACAGGGGGCACCUGCGCUGAGAACAGUUUGACACACAUCACAAAAUAAAGUCAAAGUCUUUUUGCAA